UCUCCCGCAGACGAAGGCAUGGCGAGCACCGAGACCAGGAGGGAGUGUGAGACCGAGGGCUGCAGCCAGGACGCCAAGCUCCAGUGUCCCACAUGUAUCAAGCUCGGUAUUCAAGGCUCCUAUUUCUGUUCUCAGGAAUGUUUCAAAGGGAGCUGGGUGUCACACAAGUUCCUGCACAAGAAAGCAAAGGAGGACAAGAACCAGACUGAACCCAAUAAUUGUGUGGAGAAGGACAUCAAUAUAGACCCAUGGCCGGGCUACCGCUACACAGGCCUACUACACCCUCACUACCCUCUGACUCCCAUGAGGCUUGUACCUGGUGACAUCCAGAGACCUGACUAUGCUGAUCAUCCCAGAGGUAUGUCUGAGUGUGAGCAGACCCUUAAGGGGACAUCACAGAUCAAGGUCCUUUGUCCUGAGGACAUUGAAGGCAUGAGAGUUGUGUGCAAGCUGGCAAGAGAGGUCCUGGACAUCGCAGCCGUGAUGGUGAAACCAGGUGUCACAACAGAAGAAAUCGACCAUGCUGUGCAUCUGGCCUGUACAGCGAGGAACUGCUACCCAUCCCCUCUCAACUACUACAACUUUCCCAAAUCCUGUUGCACGUCUGUCAAUGAAGUCAUCUGUCACGGCAUCCCCGACAGAAGACAGCUACAAGACGGGGAUAUCCUCAAUGUGGACAUCACCGUCUACCACAACGGUUUCCAUGGUGACCUGAAUGAAACCUUCUAUGUCGGAGAGGUGGAUGAAGGAGCAAAGACGCUGGUUCAGACCACAUAUGAAUGCCUUAUGCAAGCCAUCAACUCUGUGAAGCCUGGUAUUCGUUACAGAGAGCUGGGUAACAUCAUCCAGAAGCACGCUCAGGCCAGCAGCUUCUCUGUGGUGCGGAGCUACUGCGGCCACGGCAUCCACAGACUGUUCCACACUGCUCCCAAUGUGCCACACUAUGCCAAAAACAAAGCAGUUGGAGUUAUGAAGCCGGGCCAUGUGUUUACCAUUGAGCCCAUGAUAUGUGAAGGUGGCUGGCAAGAUGAGACAUGGCCAGACGGCUGGACAGCGGUGACCAGAGACGGCAAGCGCUCUGCUCAGUUCGAACACACCCUGCUGGUGACGGAGACCGGCUGCGAGAUCCUCACCCGCCGCAUGGAGGAGGAUGGCCGCGCUCAUUUCCUGAGCCAAGUGUAGGCCGAACCAGAACACACCUAGGGACUGGACUUUGUGGACACAGACACACCCAGCACAUCUGGGUCUCACACACAGACACUCACACAUCUCAAACAAGAGGCACCACUCCUGGAGCCCAGUGUAACUGUGGCUCUCAUUGUUCUGUGCAUUAAAUAUGGGUUCCUCAAACUAAAUGGAAGUACUUGAAUGUGUCUUAUAUCAAAUGUGGAUUGCUUAUUAGUGAAAACUGUCUCUUUAGAAGGAAAUAGGAGUAUUCAUGAGAUUAUGCUUUGCCUCUUUUCUGUCAUCCUCUGCAAACUUGAUCAGACUCUCAAUGAAUUUACCAGAGAGAUUGAGAAAAAACAGCAGCGGUAGAGUCCCAGGAAACAGGGUCAGCAAGUCAUACAAGCUCAAUAAGUCAAAACUUAUUUUAGAGUCGCAACAAAAAACCAGAGGCUGAAAACCCUACUUAACAUUUAUAGCCAGCACAGCAUACAUAAUUGAUAACACACUGUGGUGGAGUUGUAAGCAGAUGUAAGUAUUUAUGAAUGUGUUCAUCAACAACUACAACUCCUCCCUCUCGUGAUUGUUGACAAAUACUGUACAUUAAUAAACUGUCGUUUAAUAAGGUCAAGUGUUUCCACAAUUAAGAUGUAAGUCAACAACUUGCAACAAGUUUGAAUAUUUAAAGAAAGGCUUGCAAGUUUUCAAAUAGGCCGUCUUAACAGAACAAUGCUGGAAAGUUUGACAUUUUAGGGAAUAGACUUUUUGCCUUCAUGCUGCAGAAUGAUACUCUAAUCUGUUUGUUAAAUAUGAAACUAGAGCCAGGAGAUGGUUAGCCUAGCCUAGCAUAAAGACAGGAAAUGGGGGAAGCUGCUGGCUGCGCUGUCCAAAACUUUAAAAAAAAGUGGAAAAGAUACUGCAAUCUGUGGUCUUAUUGGAGCUUAUGUGCACCUAACCUCUCGAAACAAUGAGUCUUUUAAAAAAGCACCUCUACAACUCACUAAUAUAAAAUUUAAUACUGUAUCUGCAUUAUUGUGUCACAUGCAGAAAUGACAAUUUGUGGUUGUAUUACAGUAAAUUGAUGUAUUUAUGAACUCUGGUCUAGGGGAUGCUAGCGGUUUUCUCCACUCCGUCUUAUUCGAAGUUAGGCUGAACAAAGUUUGCUGUCUCUUUGGUCAAUAUUUAAGGAACUGAUGUGAGUGCGAUCAAACUGAUGCAGAUUUUACAGAAUAGGAAUAAAACAAAGUUGAGCUCAGACUUUGAAGUGUUGAACUUGUUUCUCUGCUUUGUUGUCUGUUGUUGUUUCUGAACAGCCCUGGUGUAGCAAAUCGAGCCUUAAUGUGUAAAUCUAGGAAUGAGAAUUUGUCAGAUGUGUCUCGGCACAUUUACUGAUGUUUCCCCUUAUAUCUCGAAAGUCACCAUUUACCUUGAUGUGGGGAUUUUUUUUUCCUGGUGUGAACAGAAUUCAUUAUUUCUACAUUUUCAGAGGACUUAUGUGAUCACAGCCUCUGUUAUCUUUGUAUUUCUUCUGAAGGAGUAAUAAAUGACUCUUCUGUA